AGAAGUCUCGAGUAUGUUGGAACCAAAAGUCCCUAUUAUAUGGAGCAUAUGUAUAGUGUGCAAGUCAAGUGUGAAUAACAGAAAUCGUUGUUGAAACAACUGAGCAGCUUGUUAAAUUCCUUCUUUGAUUUCUAGUCUUUCCUCUUGCAAAAACAGAAGAAAAAGAUGCUAGUGGAUCCCGAUAACCCUCCAGCGUUUUACAAGCUUUUACUAUCUAGAGAAGCCUUCAUGAAUAAGAUACUAAUGCCGUCUGAUUUUGUGAAAAAACACAAGAAGAUGUUGACCAAGGCUUGCUUACUGAAAACGGAUGUAGCUGGGAUGUCAUGGGAAGCAAAGAUAGUGAGAGAAAAGCCCAAUUACUUCAUAUGUGAAGGAGACUGGCCACGGUUUGUGGUACAUCACCAAUUGAAACAUGGUGAUGUUUUGCUCUUUUUUCUCGUUGAGAAAUCAACGUUUCGUGUCCAACCCUACACACCUAAAUGUUGUAGAAGCAUUCGUGAGAGGCAACUUCUUUAUGAGGAACUCAGCAGUAGUUGCUCGGAAGAGGAGAUUGGACCUUCAAGAAGAUCAAAGAGAGCUAAAAGUGUGGAUCCACUAAUAGUGCUGGAUUCUGAGGAAGAAACCGUUGACACGUCAUCCAGUGAUGACGAGUCCAAACAUGAAGAUGAUCCUUCAUAUGCACAUCCUGCAAUUUAUUCCAAGAAACCUAAGCGGGAGAAGGCGUCAUCAGGUGGUUCAGAUGAGGAGGAAGAAGCUGAGAGUGGAAGUGAAGAAGAAAUUGGUCCAAAGAAGAUCAAAUUCAGUGUGAUAAACUUAAACAACAAAGAUCCAUACUAUGAAAUAGUUGUUAAAAAGUCACACUCAACUUUCAUGACUAUCCCGAUGAGGUUCGCCAAAUGGGCAGGCAUAAUUGGCAUGAAGAAAUUGAGACUGGUUAACGAAGAAGGCAACGAAUGGGGAGUGGAAAUAGUGCAUAUUGGGGCAAGGUUUCACAUAAGAAAAGGAUGGGCUGAAUUUCGAACGCAUAACAAGAUAGCCAGUGGUGAGACCUGUCGAUUCAAGUUGAUUCAGGGCCGUGGUGCUAAUGUUUUGCAGGUUCAAAAGGUACCAAAACCCCAUUCCUUGUAAUACUAUUAGGGAGUUCUUAUUGGAUUUGGGAUAUGUAUUUAUUUCAAAAACUUUAAGUUUGAUAUUAUUAGCAAGACCAGCUCGCUAAUAUACGAGAUCUGAGAAAAACACAAAAAAUAACUGAAAAUAUCAUUUGUUCUAUUAUUAUAAGUGAACAAGAGAUCUCAUUUCCUCAGGAUAUAUAUAGUAAUAUAGUACUUUUGUUCAUUAAUUUUGUAGUUCCUCAUGUAUUUGCUCUAAAAGCUUUUGAGGUAGGUAAUCAGGGGAAUCCGUGACUUUUUUAGUCUAAAAAAAAAAACUAACACAAAAAAAAAAAAAAAAAUUACAUAAGUAGGUUUCGAUAGGACCAAAGUGUAACUUUACACUUAAGUCCUUUCGUGCAUAGAAUCUGUGCGUAAUAGGCCUCCAUAAAAAUCCUAAAACACUUAGCCAAUUUUCAGCAAACUCUUCUCCUUCAUUUUCUUCUAUUUUCACCCCUUCAACACACCUUUGCACCCCCAAAAGCAUGUCUCAAAGUUCCCAAACCUCAAAUUUUGUUAUAGAACCCGAUAUUUGUGAAUGCGGUUAUUAUUGUAAGCUAAAAUUAUCAAGGACCCCAGAUAAUCCGAGUCGUCAUUUUUGGCGUUGUAAAGUGCCUAAAGAUUAUUUGUGUUAUCUAGUUGUUGUUUAUUAUUUCUAUGUAUUUUGUUUAUUAAGUUUAAUAUUCCUAUGUAUUUUGUUUUUACUAGUUGUACCCUUUCAUCUAUAAUGUAAUCUGCACCCUUUAUGUACUAAUUUAUUUUAGUUUUUUCUUUAAAUUAUCAAUUGUUGAACUUUUUAUGUAUUAUUAACUCUAUAAAUUAAUAAUAGACUUAAACAAUCAAAGCAAAUUUAAAAUUUACUAUUUUUUUUUUCUUAUUGAUG